AAUCCUUGGCUUUGCUGUUUGCAACUCUAAUUUUUAGUUCUCAGAUGAGACCAACCCUGGCUAGAAAUCAGGAGGAACGACAGAUCAGUUAUAUGGUGGAAAUUAUGUGGGAAAUUUAACUGGAUUAGUUAAUGUAAUAGCUGAAGCAGAAUGCAGUUUCUUUUGUGUUUUCUGACCUAUUUUAUCAUCUUGGGGUCUUCGUGAACAGAAGUUUAGCAAUGGAAAAGAUAAAGUGCUUUGGUUUUGAUAUGGAUUACACACUUGCUGUGUAUAAGUCCCCUGAGUAUGAAUCUCUUGGAUUUGACCUGACCGUAGAAAGACUGGUUUCCAUUGGAUACCCUCAGGAGCUACUCAGUUUUGUCUAUGAUCCUUCUUUCCCUACCAGAGGUCUGGUGUUUGAUACACUUUAUGGAAACCUGUUGAAAGUCGAUGCCUAUGGGAACCUCCUAGUGUGUACACAUGGCUUUAACUUUGUGAGAGGGCCAGAAACUCGGGAGCAGUACCCAAAUAAAUUUAUUCAAAGGGAUGACACAGAGAGAUUUUACAUUCUGAACACGCUGUUCAAUCUACCAGAGACCUACCUGUUGGCUUGCCUAGUAGAUUUCUUUACUAACUGUGACAGGUAUUCUAGCUGUGAAAAGGGGUUUAAAGAUGGAGAUCUCUUUAUGUCCUUCAGGAGUAUGUUCCAGGAUGUCAGAGAUGCUGUUGACUGGGUUCAUUACCAGGGAACCCUCAAGGAAAAGACACUUGAGAACCUGGAGAAGUAUGUGGUGAAAGAUGGGAAAAUGCCAUUAUUGCUGAGCCGCAUGAAUGAGGUUGGAAAGGUGUUUCUUGCCACAAACAGUGACUAUAAAUACACAGAUAAAAUUAUGACUUAUUUGUUUGAUUUUUCACAUGGACCAAAGCCUGGGAGCUCUCAUCAGCCGUGGCAGUCAUACUUUGAUCUAAUCCUCGUGGAUGCACGAAAACCCCUCUUCUUUGGAGAAGGCACAGUAUUGCGUCAAGUGGACACUGUUACUGGCAAGUUGAAGAUUGGUACCUACACAGGGCCUCUGCAGCAUGGCAUCGUCUAUUCUGGUGGUUCCUCAGAUACAAUCUGUGACUUGCUGGGGGCUAAGGGCAAAGACAUUUUAUACAUUGGAGACCACAUCUUUGGAGACAUCCUAAAGUCCAAGAAACGUCAGGGUUGGAGGACCUUCCUGGUGAUUCCCGAACUAGCCCAGGAGCUGCAUGUCUGGACUGACAAAAGCUCCCUUUUUGAAGAGCUGCAGAGUCUGGACAUUUUCUUGGCGGAGCUGUACAAACAUUUGGACAGUAGCAGCAACGAACGGCCUGACAUCAGUUCCAUCCAGAGACGUAUUAAGAAAGUGACUCACGACAUGGACAUGUGCUACGGGAUGAUGGGAAGCCUGUUCCGUAGCGGCUCACGACAGACCCUCUUUGCCAGCCAGGUGAUGCGUUAUGCAGAUCUCUAUGCAGCAUCUUUCAUCAACCUCCUGUACUAUCCGUUCAGCUACCUCUUCAGAGCUGCCCACGUAUUGAUGCCACAUGAAUCGACGGUGGAGCACAUUCAUGUUGACAUUAAUGAAAAGGAGUCACCUCUGGCUACACGCAACCGCACCUCGGUGGAUUUCAAAGAUUCCGACUACAAACGGCAUCAACUGACCCGGUCAGUCAGUGAGAUUAAACCCCCUAACCUCUUCCCCCAGACUCCUCAGGAAAUCACACAUUGCCAUGAUGAGGAUGAUGAUGAAGAAGAGGAAGAGGAGGAAGAAGAGGAAUAGGAAGGAGAAAUGGAAGCCUCUCUGAAGACAAAACAUGAUUGUGGCAGUGAUAAGCGGGAGUGGAUUCCCAUUUUCGGUUCCAGGGGGAAUGGGUGUGAUUCUUUCAAAGGCACAUUUUGAAAGUUUCUAAAAACUUUUUAAAAUUACCUAAUCAGAAGGAGCCCCUUGUUUUUAAUUUUGCGAAUCUGCUCUUUGCAGACAGUUCAAAAUGCCAAUGGAUUCUGCACUACGGGAGAGUCUAACAGUGUAUUCAGACUGGACUGCACACAAGUGUUGUCUAUAAUGCCUCCCAUGUUACAUAUUAGGGAUGCUGCAUGGUUUUUCUCUUUUUCUUCCCAUUGGUGCAAUUCAUUUGGUUUUCAUUGAACGGUGUCUUAUGAACGGUUUGGAAUUUGUACAGUCUCCACAGAGAAGGAAGGAUGCAAUGUGCCCUAUAACAGACAAAACGGUCUGAUGAAUCCUCCUACUGCGAGUUGUGCCACUGUUCUUAACUCUCAGCUUUUUUGGAUACAAAUUCUCCCCCUACCAAAUACUGUAUUGUAUCCAGGGAAACGUUAUGGCUUCCAGCAUUGAAUUUACCCUCUGCUAAGCACAAGUUUCCCCUUAUAAGCGCGGUUUAAUGUUCUACAUUACUCUGGCAAUAUCUGAUUUCAGUGGGAUUGCGGUACUUACUAGCAUUCAGUAGUUUUGAGUUUGUCAGAAAGUCUGUUGUCCUCCCCUUGGUGGAUAAAGACUUAAUUCUUUCAUCAUUGGCAUGUAAUGCAUGAUUUCUGUUACAUUUAUAAAACAAGUGACUCUUGUGCCAUGCGCUCAUCUAUCCCCCCUGCUCAAAUCCCCCUAUAUUUUCAACCAGUAUUAUUAGCAAAGGAGCUUGAAAUUGUAUCUUUACAUUGAAUGUUAGUUAUUUUUUCCCUAAUUUCUGAUAUCUUUUUCUCUGCUCUGCUUUAGGAAAGGAAAGGAAAGCAUGAAAAUAUCCCAAAGAUAGAAAAGCCAAACAGCAUUUGGAGUGGAAGUGUGUGCGUGGGCCACCCAUCCUAGCUUGAACUUGGCCCAUACUAUAGAAUCAUGGGACCGGAAUGGACCUUCAGAGGUCACCUAGUCCAGUCCCUUGCACUCAUGGCAGGAUUAAGUAUUAUUUAGACCGUCCCUGACAGGUGUGUGUGUGUGUACACACACACAUUGCAUGGGUGGUCCAAUUGUGUGACCCAUACAGUUUCACAAUACAGUUGGCAGCUGCCCCAUCUUUCACAUGGAGCUGUAGCACAUAGAGACCCAACAUGCAUGCUUCAUCUUUAGCCAAGAGGAAGAGAUUUGGCUCAAGAUAGCUGUAGUCUCCAGGUUCCUGUGCUGGCACCCGCAGUUGCUGCAGGCUGUACCUCCAUUUCAGAAAUGAAUAUGGUGCUGCUUCAUUUGUCCUGCAAACAGUUCUCCGUGUCCUGUCUGUGCCCUUUGGACCUCCACCUGGUGUUAACUUGAACGCAAAUCCCUUGUAUGUUACAAUUCCCUGUAAGGUGUGGUGUGCAGUACAGCUGUGUUAACUGUGCAGUGCCAUUUACUACCUGUCAUGGGUACGGUGUAGCUUAUUCCAAACUGCCAUUCAUUUGUGAAAGGUACAGAACAGGGGGCCUGAUUUUAAAGAAUUAGACCUUUUGGUUCAAUCUCAUAAUUGCAUUUGAUCUUAUGUCAGUGUAACAUACAGUGAAAAACAAAUCAGCAGGAGGUGCUAUUGCUGGGAGGGCAGGCCUGCAAGUCAAUAAACCAUGAUGGUUCUAGUAUUA